ACAGAGUAAACAUGGGGCUCAACCCACACACAAUUACAUAAAAUUUAAUGUAAAAUGAUUUCAUAAUCUAGAGGAAAAUUGUUAGUAAUGGUGCAAUAUAAGUAACAUAUCUAUCUACAUAAAGCAGACUGAGAGAUGGCACACUCCAGCUCCAGUCAGCACAAGAUGGCCGUCGGCAUCGAUCUGGGGACCACCUAUUCAUGUGUUGGAGUUUUCCAGAACGGCAGAGUGGAAAUAAUAGCUAAUGAGCAUGGCAAUCGAACCACGCCCAGUUAUGUGUCAUUCCUCGAUAAUGAACGGCUGGUGGGAGAAGCUGCCAAGAAUGUGUCAGCUACAAACUAUGCCAACACUAUUUAUGAUGCAAAAAGACUGAUAGGUAGGAGAUUUGAUGAUCCGGCAGUGCAAGCUGACAUGAGUCACUGGCCAUUCUCUGUGGUCAGUAGGUCAGGAAAGCCAGUCAUUGAAGUCCUAUGUCAGGGAGAGAAGAAACAAUUCGUUCCUGAAGAGAUAUCAGCCAUGGUUCUGUCCAAAAUGAGAGAUAUUGCUGAGGCCUUCAUCGGUAAAAAGGUAACAGACGCUGUCGUAACAGUGCCAGCCUAUUUCAACGACGCCCAGCGUCAGGCAACGAAAGACGCGGCCAUGAUAGCUGGUCUCAACGUCACCAGGAUCAUCAAUGAACCCACGGCUGCUGCAAUCGCUUAUGGCCUCGACAAAAAGGGCAGCCGUGAAUCGAACGUGCUGAUAUUCGAUCUCGGAGGCGGAACUUUCGAUGUAUCGAUUCUGACAGUCGCUGGAGGCAUCUUUGAGGUCAAAUCGACAUCCGGAAACACCCAUCUGGGGGGAGAGGACUUCGACAACCGUCUCCUCCAACAUGCAUCCAAAGAAUUCGAGAAGAAACACAAAACGGACAUCCAAAGCAACAGGAAAGCGAUGAGGCGCCUGCAGGCUGCCUGCGAACGUGCGAAACACACCCUAUCUGGCAGUACACAAACAAAUAUUGAGUUGGAUUCACUGCACGAGGGAAUCGAUUUUAUAAUGAGUGUCAGUAGGGCAAAGUUUGAGGAUAUCAAUUCGGAUCUGUUUAGAGCGACCUUGGAGCCUGUUAGGAGAGCGAUAGCUGAUUCAGGUCUCAACAAGAAGGAUAUACACGAGGUGGUUUUAGUUGGUGGAUCCACAAGGAUACCCAAGAUUCAACAACUUCUACAAGAAUUCUUCGAUGGGAAACAAUUGAACAAGUCUAUCAACCCCGAUGAAGCAGUAGCUUAUGGCGCAGCUGUCCAGGCUGAAAUCCUAUACGGAGACAACUCAGAUCAAGUCAAAGAUGUACUACUAAUUGAUGUCACCCCUCUGUCCCUCGGCAUUGAAACAGCUGGGGGUGUCAUGGCUAAAAUCAUCCCUAAAAACACCACAAUACCCACAAGGCACUCCCAGACAUUCUCCACCUAUUCCGACUUCCAGACAACGGUGCAAGUGCGUGUGUUUGAAGGGGAAAGAUCGAUGACCAAAGACAAUAACCUCCUGGGGGAUUUUCUACUCACGGGGAUACCUCCUGCGCCCAGAGGUGAGCCUCAGAUUGAGGUUAGUUUUGACAUUGAUGCCAACGGGAUACUGACUGUCACUGCCGUUGAAAAAUCCACAAAUAAAACCUCCAACAUCGUCAUACAAAACGAUAGACCAAGGCUAACUAGGGAACAGAUAGACUCCAUGAUACAAGAUGCGGAAAGAUUCAGGAAGCAAGAUGUGGAGCUUAAAGAAGUGGCAGAUGCUAGAAAUUCGUUCGAGAACUACUGCUACGGUAUGAAGUCAUCAGCUGAGGAUGCGGUCAUGACCAAUAGGAUUACGAUGGAAGAUAGGAAUACUAUUGUGCAAGAGUGUAAUGAAGCUCUAACUUGGCUGAAUGCCAACCUGGAUGCAACGAGACAGCAGAUUGAGGAGAAAAUGUUGGUUUUAAGGGUAAAUCUUCGUGAAUAUGAGAGUAGAUUGACAGGGGGAUCAGGUGGUCAAGGAUUUGAUUUGGGGCCGAGAAUAGAGGAAGUUGAUUGAGGUUCAGGAGUAUUGUGAUACACACACAUUCGAAUGUGGGUAUGGUAGCCUAAUCAUUUAUCUGAUAAUGAAAGAAUAAAUAAAGGAGUAGAUAAAUAAAUUGAGAAAGUUGAUAGACGCUCACUCCUAGACAGGAGUAGGCUUAUUAUAUAUACAUGCACAUUUGAAUAUGAGUUAUCGAUUAUCGAAUAGAUAAAAUGAUUGUUGAUUUACAAAUAAUAGACAGACAUACGUAUUUAAAUAUAUACAAAUUUGAAAGCGAAUUAUCAAUAAUUGGAUAAAUAAAUUGAUUAUAUUAAUUGAUGGUCAUAUCUGGACAGUAGUAUUAUACCUAUAAUAUAUAGGCCUACACAUUCGAAUUUGAAUUAUGGAUGAUUGGAUGAAUAAAUAAUUGUUGAUUUACAAUGGACAGACUUAUUUCAACAUAAGAAAAUUUAAAUGUGAAUUAUGAAAUAAUUGCAAAGAUAAAUUGUUGAUUGAUGCUAAUUCCUAGACAAAAGUAUUGUGAUACACACACAUAUUCGAAUAUGUAUCAAUAUAUCAAUGAAUAAAUAAGUUGACUGAUAUCUUUAAAUAAAUAAAAAUUUGCUUAUGAAUUAUCGAAAUU